UAAAUGGUAACUGAGAUUCUUGUCCUUGCCUCCUUGGUUAUCCUCAAUCAAUCGCUACUGUAACUCUGAAGGUGGAAGUAUUCCGGUGAUGCGUCGCCGCUAAGUGUCGACAUGGCCGACGCCUCCUCGUGAACCCAUCGAUUUUCUCUUGAUAUUCUCCUGCAUCUCCAUGGAGCUCCCAUUAACAGCAAUCAAUAUCUCUAUCAGACUCUCUUCACCUUCACUCUUUCCUAAACGUUCAUUCGAUGGGCACUGUAAAUACCAUUGCCGGUUCCCCUUGAGAAGAUUACAAUUUAGUAGUAAUUCGAAACGCCUCCGCCGAAUCAAAUCGAGUUUCGACAAACAUUCGUCUUCGUCUACACCAAUAUUGAGCAGAGAGAGGGCUUUGAAUUUAUGGGAAGAAACUGAGGUUGUGGAAGUAAUUGGGAUUGGAAGUCGGAAGGAUGCAGUUCUUGACUUCUGUUUGCGUUCUUCAUCGCUUUCACGACGCUUACGGUUCUGGAAUAUCAUUGUGGAAGAAGCAUUCAAGGUGCAAUUACAACAACGAAUACUUGGGGAUGAGAUCACCAAAACAUUUGUGGAAGAAUCUGUAGCCAUGAAGUCACAUUCAAAAGCUGUUAUACUUGUAGCUGGGGCAUCUUAUGGAUCAGAUCUUACUGUUUUACAUGAUAUAUUUGAAUCGAUAAAGCUUGCAAAUGGCUUUGUUGUGACUAUCAUUCUGAAGCCUUUUAGAUUCGAAGGACAAAGGCGCCAAAACGAGGUGAAAGACCUGAUGUAUAAGCUUGAGGGACUUACAGAUUUCUGUAUCAUGAUUGAUGCAGAUGCACUUCUAGAAAAAGAUCUUGUAACUUUGGAUGAGGCAUUACAGAUUGCAAAUAAUGCUGUUUUAAUGGCAUUAAAUGCAGUUUCCAUUCUCACAUCUGAGUGCAACAAAAAGUUUGUAAGUAUACCACAUGAGAGUAUGAAAGAACUUGGAGUCACAGAUCUUAAAAAAAUUUUAGGAAGCUAUAAGGAGGCAAAAAUUGGAUAUGGGAUUGGUAAUGACAUUGAAGCUUCAGUUGCUCAAGCCAUAUAUGAUUGCCCUUUUCUUGGAUCCGGUGUAAAGGGCUUAAAUGGAAUUGUUGUAUUCAUCCUCGCCAGCUCAGCAAUCAUUAACAGGAGUGAUUUGGAUGGCAUUUUGCGUAAUUUUCGUCAAGUUGCGGAAUGGGAGGGCGAUAUUGUAAUUUCAGUAGUUCAUGAACCAGAUAUGAAUCCAAACUCAAUUGCAACGACCAUAUUCACUAUCGGUUAUAUCAAACAGGAGUCUCCUAAAAAAGACAGCAUAAUUUCUAGAAUGUUCCAAAGUUUUCCUUACAUUUUCAACAUUCUGAGACCACAUUCACACCCUGAAACAAUUCAAGAAAAAGAAAAAUAUAAAAACCAAAAUGUAAAUUCCAUCAAUGGUUCCCAUAAUUGGUCUUCAGAACUUCAGUCAAUAUUGACAGAUGCUACUACUGAUGCAAAAACUUUUUCAAGGGAUCAUGGUGUCACUGAACAAAAUACUGCUGAAGGAUCAAUGACACUUGAAAGGGAGCUUCUGAUUAACAAAAGGCCAGGGUUUCUUACUAAUGAUGAAACAGUGAAUGAUACAAAUAACUCUGGUGAUACUUUAAUGCUUGACAAUUUGAACCCUUAUAAACUUCCAGUUGGUGUAAAACUAUCAGGAGACAUGAAAGAUUCUCCCAAGGGCACAAGGGUCAUUUACCACCCGGAGGAAAGUAGUGAACUUGAAACGAAGGAUGAGAUUCAGUUUCCUGUAAGCAUGUCAUUUGAUGAAUCCAUUGAUGCUACUUCACAAACACCAAUGGAUUUUAACAGUAAUAAAAAUGGUGUUUCCAAGAAAAAUGGAAGACUUUCUGCUCGUGCUGCAUCUAUGCUGGAAUCUGAACGUGAGUCCCAGAAAAAGUGGAGUCCUGUGGUGGAAAUAAACUAUCGUGGAGGUAUAUAUGUAGGGAGGUGUCAGGGAGGUCUUCCAGAAGGAAAGGGUCGUUUGUCAUUGGGUGAUGGAAGCAUGUAUGAUGGGUUAUGGCGUUAUGGUAAAAGAUCAGGCUUGGGUACAUUUUGUUUCAGUAAUGGAGAUAUUUUUCGUGGGUCAUGGAGAGAUGAUGUCAUGCAUGGAAAAGGAUGGUUUUACUUUCACACGGGAGAUAGGUGGUUUGUGAAUUUUUGGAAGGGAAAGGCCAACGGAGAAGGGCGUUUUUAUUCAACAAAUGGUGAUAUAUUUUUUGGUCAUUUUAAAAAUGGAUGGCGAAAUGGUCAAUUUCUAUGUAUUGAUGUCAGUGGAUCAAGAUAUGUUGAGAUUUGGAAUGAAGGCGUGUUAGUAAGCCGUAAGAAGUUGGAGUCUGAUGAUGGUUUUGCUGGAUAAAGAUAUAACCUUUUGUUUUUUUUAAUUUUUACUAUGCCUCUUUAUUUUCAUUGUAGAGAGAUUCGUGUGUAUUUGUAUGUAUAUAUAUGAUAUAUGUAUGUAUCAACAAAUUAUAUUUAGUCAUUGGUAAGUAACUAAUAGUGGUUUUCUUAUUCAAAAUUGCUCUUUUUAAA